AGGACGCGCAAUCAAGCAACCACAACCACCACCAGCUACUGAUCCAUAGCUAGCAAGUACAGCUAGACAGCGUACAGCAUGGGUAACACCCAGUCAGACUUCGGCGCAACAGGCGGAGGACCCGGGGACAAGGACAGCAAGAAGAAGAAGCAGGAGAAGCCAAAGUAUGAGCCGCCACCACGCACCACCAUUGGCAAGAAGAAGAAGAGCAAAGGGCCCGAUAGUGUCGUGUCCCUGCCGACCAUCACACCCAAUACGCGAUGUAAGCUCAAGCUGCUCAAGAUGCAACGCGUUCACGACUACCUCUUGCUUGAAGAGGAGUUUGUCUCCAACCAGGAAAGGUUGCGCCCAACGGACGAAAAGACAGCAGAGGAACGCACGAAAGUCGAUGAGAUUCGUGGCAGUCCCAUGUCUGUUGGCACGCUGGAGGAGAUUAUCGAUGAUGACCACGCGAUAGUCUCUUCUACGAGUGGACCAGAGUAUUACGUUUCGAUUCUCUCCUUUGUCGAUAAGGACCUGCUUGAACCAGGCUGCUCGGUGCUCUUGCACCACAAAACAGUCAGUAUUGUCGGUGUGCUCGGUGAUGAUGUCGAUCCAAUGGUGUCCGUCAUGAAGCUCGACAAAGCACCUACUGAGUCUUAUGCAGACAUCGGAGGUCUCGAGUCGCAGAUCCAGGAAAUCAAGGAAGCCGUUGAGCUGCCACUCACACAUCCAGAGCUCUACGAAGAAAUGGGUAUCAGACCACCCAAGGGAGUCAUUCUCUAUGGUGUUCCCGGAACAGGCAAGACACUGCUGGCCAAAGCAGUCGCCAACCAGACAUCGGCCACGUUCUUGCGUGUCGUGGGAUCAGAGCUCAUUCAAAAGUAUCUCGGUGAUGGACCCAAGCUGGUUCGUGAACUCUUCCGCGUUGCAGCAGAAAAUGCUCCAUCCAUCGUCUUUAUUGAUGAGAUUGACGCAAUUGGUACGAAGCGGUAUGAUGCGCAGUCUGGCGCAGAGCGUGAAAUUCAACGCACCAUGCUGGAACUGCUCAAUCAGCUCGAUGGAUUCGACAUGCGUGGCGACGUCAAGGUCAUCAUGGCAACAAACCGCAUCAAUGACCUCGACCCUGCUUUGAUCCGUCCCGGCAGAAUUGACCGCAAGAUUGAAUUCACCAAUCCAGACCCAUCCACAAUUCGCAAAAUCUUCCAGAUUCACACCAGCAAGAUGAACCUGGCGGAUGAUGUGGACCUCGAGGAGUUUAUUGGCAUGAAGGGAGAGUUGUCUGGUGCAGACAUCAAGUCUCUUGUGAGUGAAGCAGGUUUGCGCGCUCUGCGAGAGCGUCGUAUGCGUGUCAACAGGCAAGACUUUGUCGAGGGUCGUGAGAGUGUGAUGAAGACAAAGGACACGGAUGGUGUCUCUGGUGGCAUGUACCUGUAAAGACCCGCCAGAUGAUUCGUAGCAAAUCUUUGUGACUGGCCACUUUCCUGCGUCAUUUCCAGCGACGAAUUUCUC